CAGAGAAAGUCAAGCACAUUCAAGAGUGUGAAAGAGAUUACAGGAAAGUUUUUGGAUUAAUUUGAACAGCAAAAUGAUGUUGAUGGAGUGUUUCAUCCUUGGGAUGCUUACCUUUCUCAUGACAGGAGUUCGAUGUGAGGUAACAGAGGUGUUUGCUGAAGCAGGCUCUCAGGCUGUACUGCCAUGUAAAUGUACAUGCACAUCCUCUACUGAGCCUGCCAUCGUCUGGAGUAAAGUCAACAAAGGCACUGUCUGGAGAAAGCAGAAGAACGGUCUGCAGUACAGGGGUUCUAGCUGGUUAGAGAAGGGGAUCAAACGUGUGGACUGCCCCCACUCUCAGUUUGAAAGAAGAGACUACAGCCUGCAAAUCAAGAAUGUCAGGGAGGAUGAUGGAGGGCUUUACUCCUGCAGCAUUGAAUUUGAAGACCAGAUUGUCAAAAACAUUGUCAUGCUAAGAGUCAUUACAGUGUCCUUCUCUCCACCGGUUCUCAUAUCAAGGAGUUAUGUUUCAAUCACUUGUGGUGUGACUCCUUGGCUUAAUGAAGCAUCCGUGCAGUGGAUGCUGAACAACAGCCCAUUUAUUCCACAGACUGGAAUCACCUUAAACAGAGACACUUCUAAAAGCGUUGUGAGUGGAAAGGUAACGGAGGGACUGACGGGAAACUGGACCUGUGUGGUGAGCUACAAGGGCAAAGCGGGGCGAGCUUCAGCAGCUCUGUCUGUGAGAGGAAUCAUCCAGCCAUCCAAUGACAACACCAAGGUGUAUGCAGCUGUGGGGUCUGCAGUCACUCUCCCCUGUGUCUUCUCCCCUGAUUUAGACCCCUCUAUUCCAACCUGGGAAAAACUGCAACCUGGGUCUCUGUUAAAACCUGUUCCAGGCCACCUCCGUCCCUCUUUUUCUCCAUCCAAACAGUCCCCUAAACUCCCCUCUGAUAUGUCUGUCAGUGUGAAAGAAGUUGAAUUUAAGGACAAGGGCAAGUACAGAUGCUCUGCGACCGUACAAGGACAAAAGCUGACUCGAGAUAUCCAGCUCGUGGUUGCCAAAAUUGACAGCAGCGUCUUGUCAAAGAAAAAAGACUCCGUAACGCUGACCUGCCAACUGUCAGACAUGAGCGAGGUCACUGACUAUGAGUGGGUUCAUGUGACCUAUGAUAUCAAUGGCACCCAGUCAGUUGGGUCCAUCCAGAAGGGGAAGACUCUGAGUAUCAGCCAGGUGUCAGAGGAGAACUGGGGCGAAUGGGUAUGUCGAUUCUCCAGCAAAGAUGGCAUUUUGGGAAACGUGACAUACCACGCUCAACUGAUGAGUGGUCUGAGGGGACAAAAAUCCUCAAGUUUCUCACAGAACACCGGUGCUGUGGUUGGGCUCAGUCUUCUCCUCCUUGUUCUCCUGCUGAUUCUGGCUCAGAUGUACAAGAACCACCGAAGGAGGAGAAGGAUCUUUCAAUACCCUGCGCUGGAGACAAUUGUUCAUACCAUCUCCAAUGAGCGGGAGGAGAGAGAAAGAAGCCGAGUGAAAAUGUAAAGAUACGUUAAAGCAGAAGCAUCACAGGAAAUAUUUUUAAAGUGAAAUCAAACUUCUUCAUGCCCGCAAUAUGUAUAUGUUACUUUUGUUUGCACAGAUUUUGUAAAUACUUUCAGAGCAGACGUUGUAGCAGCACUCGUCAUUGUUUUAAUAAAAAUCUAAAUUGAAUGUUGUAUAUUACCCUGUUGUUUUAGCUGUAAAUGCUUUUGAUUGUUUUAUAUGAGGAUUUUUUUGCAUGUAUGGUACAUA